AUGGCCGCUGCGAUUGUCAAGACCAUCAACCUCUCCUCACUGACCGAACGAGCCGAUUUGACGUGGGACACGGUUGACCUUUCAAUAUGGACCUCCAUCGAACAAUAUCUGAUUAUUCUCGCCGCAUGCAUCCCCACCAUGACACCCUUAGUCAACAUCCUGCUCCACAAACGCCCUUCUAAACGCAAUACUGCCCGCGCCCGGACUCACCCCGGUAACCCGUAUGGGCGCGGCCAAGGGUAUGCACAGUUUGGUGGUCGCAGUCUGGACUACGCCCUAGGGACUUAUGGGGAUGCUUGGGCUACUGCGCGAAGAGACAAGGGUGAUGGUGAUAGUGAGGACCCUAUCAUGAACGAGGAGACGAGCCAGGGGAUAAUGAAGACGACGGAGAUUCAUAUUCAGUCUGAUGUGGAUGUCGAUCAGCGGGGAUCCUAG